AUGAGUCGACGGUUUAAACAAAACACCUUACCAGGUCAUUCGUUUUCUGACAAAGAUGCCCUUUGCUAUUUCAAAGAGCUGUCAGACCAUUUGCUGUACCUUAUCAACAACGAUGAUGAUGAAAACUUUGCAUCUCAUUAUUCAGUACUUGGCGAAGUGUUAUGCUACUCACAGGCAUAUGGUAACUAUGGUAAACUAUGGAGAGAUACGUUCUACCAUUGCCAUCCAGGGAAACCUUUGGAAGAGUGUCUCGCCAUGGCUUUAAGAUUACCUCCAAUGGGCGUAUACAUAUUGGAGAGGGUGGCGCACUGCUACCAGUUCAGUGACAAAAAGGAUGAAGCCAUUAAACUUUAUGAAAAUUCAAAGUGGGAUAAACGUGAUCUAACCUAUGAGUACUUGAGUUACACAAAUGACGUGUCGAAAGAUGAUCAAAGAAACGCCAUCUCUCGAGCAUUCAAGCGAUGGAGUGACGUCACGCCAUUGACAUUCACUGAAGUGACCGAUGGCGGCGCUGAUAUUAGCUUAGACUUUGUCGUUGGUGAUCAUGGAGAUGGAGACGCGAACGCUUUCAACAGGAAAGGGGAGGUCAUGGCGCACGCGUACCCACCCGGAAAUGGUGACAUCCACUUCAACGACCUUGAGAAUUUUGCUGUAGAUUCCGGCACGGCCGAUGGAAUCGAUCUGGAGUGGGUAGCCACGCAUGAAAUCGGACAUAGUCUGGGCCUGGGGCAUUCUGAAUACCAUAAGUCGGUCAUGCAUUCAAAGUACCCGGGGUACAUUUCUAAUCUUCAGCUUACGCGGGAUGACGUCAAUGGCAUUCAAGCCAUAUAUGGUAAAAAUAAAUAUUAUGUACCCAUGUUUCCAUCGCACAGCAGUCAAGCUCCCGACAUAUGUAAAUGUAGUUUCGAUGCUAUAAUAACGGCUAAUGUAUACAAAGACACAUAUGUAAUCAAGAAAAGGCACAUCUGGAAACUCAAUGAACACGGCGUGGUUGACACGUAUCCACGCAAACUAUCGGAAACAUAUAAUUAUCUUCCUGGUAACAUCGAUACGGGAUUCACAUCGUACUGGUCAAACAGAACAUAUUUCUUUAGAGGUGACCAAUACUGGCGGUACUAUGGCUACAUACUAGAACCUGGUUACCCCAAAUCUACCAACGCGACGGGAAUUCCCCGCCGCCCCGAUGCUGCUCUCGUCUGGCCAGGGGAUGCCUCUUAUUUAAUCUAUUUCUUCAAGGGUCCCCGUUACUACAUCUGGAGUGAGUACGACGAAACCAUAAUUCCGGGGGGCGUCGGCUUAAUCAGUGACCGUUGGAGUGGUCUUCCUAAGCACUUUGACACUGCCUUCAGCAGAGACGGCGAUACGUUUUUUGUGAAACGCGAUAAAUAUUGGCUUGUGAAAAACGGUGACUUAAAAGUUUCUGAAGGGUAUCCUCGGUCGACUUCAGAUGAUUGGUUGAACUGCGUUUGA